CUUUCAGUAUUGCUUGGACUUAGGCUUGCUUCGAAAGGAGAGGGAGGUAUCAUGACCUUAAAAAGCUAUAUUAGGUCAAUUGAUGGAUUUGUCCAUCGUUGUGGUAUAUGCUCCAAGCGUGUUAGCAUUAGAGAGGGUAAGUUGAUAAUUUUAAUAUUUCGUAGGAACCUUUUUUGCAAUGUCGCACCUCUCCUUGACGCAAAUUUUAUAUAUCUGCAACUACUGGGUAUUAAAACAGCCAGUGAGAGCAGCAGCUGCGGAGACGGAGAACAGCCUCGUCUCAACAGUUCAAUGGUACCAGUAUUGCAGAGAUAUUGAAUCCUGGAAAAUCGAGAAGAUCACUUCGUUGUUGGGUGGAGAAGACGUUAUCAUGCACUUGGAUGAAACUGUGAUGCUGAAAAAGAAAUACAACCGUGGUCGCCAGCGAGCGAAUAAUAUCUGGGUGAUAGGUUUAUACGAUACUUCCUUACGAAAGGGAUUCGUUGAAAGAAUAGGAGAUAGAAAGGCGACAACGUUAAUACCUAUUAUAACGAGACCCAUCAAACGGGGUUCAAUUAUACACACGGACGAGUGGAAAGGUUAUAAUUCGCCUUCAUCCUUGGGAUAUAGUCAUCACCGAGUGAACCAUUCAAACGAUUUUGUGGAUCCAGUUGCCGGAACUCAUACAAAUUCUAUUGAAGGAUUUUGGGGCCGGUUGAAAAAUCUGGGAAAGGUUGAAAUCACAGAAGAAGGCAUUAAAUUACUUGGAAAAUUGACGAAAUCAUUGAAUUCUGCCAACACAACAAAUGGUGGAUGCCCCAUAGCUGAAAGUCCAAUGAAAGAAAACAUUUCAACGCCACAUGAUGGUAAAAGCAAUACAUCUAAGAAAAGGAAACGUGUAGCUACUCCUUCUCCUGAGAGAGUUAAACAACCCAGUCGAACUUCAUUAAAGGGAACGAAGCACAAUUGUGAAGGAGAUGAACAUUCUUCUCAAUCUGGUAUUACCGUUGGUACUUCUUCAUCAGUGCAUAUUCCUCCCUUUCAUACUGAACAGCCGAUAACAUCUGUAAAACAACCCACCAGUGUCAGGUUUCUCGAUGCUUUUGAAUAUGGGGAGGAAUGGCUUCCUGGCUUGUUGAAACCAACGAACUUGAAGAACUUCAUCAGAUGUAAAAUAAAAUGCAAUUUAUCUGAAAAUAAAAAAUCUCCUCACACGUAAAACGUCCCGUCAACUUGGCUGCUGUGAACUUUAAAACGACCACCGUCCAACAGAAUCUCUGGCUUCUCCACGUCCGAUAACCAUUCACGGGCACGAAAUGCGGCCAAGUGAGAAUAAUAAGUUGGCGAUGGAUACGAGACACUACGCGAACACCUCAUGUACGCAUAGCAUAGGUGGUAGGUGAACAACUGGAGAGCGUCCGAUGUCCAGUUACUGUCAUCAUACAAAACGUGAUAAUGAGCAGGUUUUGAAGUACCCUGGAUCCCUUCUUGUGAGCACAGGUAGAAAUCGAAUUCCCUGGGAUGUGUGAUGUCUGUAUCAACCACCGUUCCUGGCUCCACGUUUCUCGCCCUAGGCUUGCUCGGUCGAAAUCGAAUGUGGUGACGCUUCUGCACAACAAUAUAAGCGAUCGCGGGUUCUUCACCAGGACGAAUGUCUGCACAAGCUCUCUGAAUUGCCGCCAACUCCUCUACCAACACAUUCUCGAACUGGCCUUCCGAGACUCCAUCACGAUAGAAUAUUAUACGCGUUGGGAAACGCCCGUUCGUAUUUCGCGAGUAAACCUCAAGCAACUCCUUGACAAUAAGACGCAUGUCGUCGAUUAUUUCUCUUGCUCUCUUAUUCCCCUUUUCUGUCGUCGCCUGUUGGCGGAUCACCACCGCGUACCUCAUUAGAUCCGUUGACGAUACAGUUGGCAUAUGGAUGAUGUUACACAGCCACAAAGAGAUGCAAGGUUAACUUUCUGUGAGAAACAACCAAUCAAAAGACUCUAUUUUCUACUAACAAUAAUGUACAUUAAAAUCUAUAAAUAUGUGUUGAUUUUCCUUAAUAAACGAUCUGUUGCCUGACCCUUGUCUUCUGUUGUUACAGUAAUAAUAAUCGUAAUAAUAAUAACCGUAAAUUCGUUUGCUAUUGAUUAUUUAGCAAAAUUUACCCAAUAGCAUAUGAUAACUGUGG